ACUUGCUCCAUGUUUUCAACGCCGUCUUUCCUUGGACAAACUCCAUAAUCAUUCUCUUCGCCAUGGCUACCCCGAGGCUACCCUUCCUCUACCCGAACUUGAUGCGGGCCGUACGUUCAUGCGAACCCGCUACCCAUCGCUCCGUACGGAUCCCGUCCAAGAACGGCCACGCUCCUUUCCAUACCACUCGACGGCGGGCUCAAGAAACAUACCAUCGACGAUACGGGCCUGCUGCAGAGGCGAACCUGCCCCCUCCAUCACGACCUAAAGAUGAAUUGAGUCAUGCACAAGUGCCACAGCCAGCGCCGAAAGAUACCAACACCCCGCCGAACACCGCUCCUCCCGAAAAACUGCCCCCUCAGGAUACCAAGAGUAACACUCCAGAAGCGUCUUCCCAAGCGAAGGACCAAGAGACCUCAGAGUCUUGUGACGAGAAACAAUCGGAAGAGCCCACUCCGCACGAGGAAUCUGCAGGCGAAAACAACGAUGUCGAGGCCCUCUCCGCCUCUCCAAUCGAGAACGCCGAAGAGCGACACGAAGAGCGACACGAGCCUCCAAAUAGACCAGACCCUCUCGAUGGUGUCCUUCAUAUGCCUUCUCCCUCAUCCUAUUUGAUGCCGUCCGGUGCGGCUACUCCCGAUGGUAAACCACAUUUGACACCGCCCCCCUAUGUCCAUCAUUUCGAUACCUACUCCCUAGUCCGUGACCUCUCCAAAGGUGGUUUUACGGAAGACCAGUCUGUCACAAUCAUGAAAGCAGUUCGGAGUAUAUUGCAUAACAACCUCGACAUGGCAAGGCAGAACUUGACUUCUAAGUCCGAUGUUGAGAACGAAUCAUAUCUGUUCAAGGCGGCUUGCUCGGAGCUCCAGUCAUCUUUGCAGACAGCUCGAAACUCCGAAAUGCAGCGACAGCGUGCGUCGCGGACACAGCUUCAACACGAAGCCGAUAUUCUCUCCCAGCGAACGAACCAAGAGCUUGCCGGUUUGAAAGACGAUAUUAAGGCGAUGUUCAACGACCAUAAGAUGACGACGCGAGAGCAACAGCGAAGCAUAGAUACCUCGGUUCAGGAGCUUAACUAUAAGAUCACGGUCUCGCUGAACAGCGACGGUAAAAGUGAGAUUGAGGGUCUACGUUGGAUUCUGACGAGAAGGGCCGCAUUCGCUAUUGCCGCAAGCGCUUUCAUGAUUAUCUCGUUUCUCAAAUUCUAUUCGUCACGCAAGGCACAGGACGCCGCUGAGAAGAAGAAAAAGGCAUCGUCUAAAAAAGCUACAGAGAAACAGGCAGCGAAGGAACCCAUUAUUGGUUCUGUUGUGCCAGUUCCAGAGGUACAUCUUACCGAAUCUCUGGGUUAAGAACGCUGCUCUAUGACCUUGUUGGUAAUUUUUACAUUUCCUUUGUCACUGCAUGUAAAACAUAUUAUUUAUGCUCGAUUAAAUGUUCACUACUCCCACGCACUGGACUCGCCCCUUUUCUACAUUUAUCCUCGAUACCCCAGGGUCAAGCUUCCAGUUGGAAUAUAGAUAUAUAGACUUCCAUCGAAUUUCAAUUCUUUCAUGACAGAUCACCUGCCCCCUCUAAAUGUACAUA